AUGGACAAGCCGCUGAUCAGCCGUCGCCUGGUGGACAGUGAUGGCAGCCUAGCCGAGGCUGCCAGUGGGGCCCCCAAAGUGGGCAUCCUGGGCACUGGGGACUUUGCCCGGUCCCUGGCCACACGCCUGGUGCGCUCUGGUUUCAGCGUGGUGGUGGGAAGCCGCAACCCCAAACGCACGGCUGGGCUGUUCCCCUCGGCAGCACAAGUGGUGUUCCAGGCGGAGGCGGUCGAGUCCUCUGAGGUCAUCUUCGUGGCCGUGUUCCGGGAGCACUACUCCUCGCUGUGUGGGCUCAGCGGCCAGCUGGCCGGCAAGAUCCUGGUGGAUGUGAGCAACCCCACAGAGCAGGAGCACCUGCAGCUCCGCGAGUCCAACGCCGAGUACCUGGCCGCCCUCUUCCCCACCUGCACGGUGGUCAAGGCCUUCAACGUCAUCUCUGCCUGGACCCUGCAGGCUGGCCCACGGGAUGGGAACAGGCAGGUGCCCAUCUGCGGCGACCAGCCAGAAGCCAAGCGCGUCGUCUCGGAGCUGGCGCACGCCAUGGGCUUCACGCCCGUGGACGUGGGGUCCCUGGCCGCGGCCCGGGAGGUGGAGGCCCGGCCGCUGCACCUCUUCCCCAGCUGGAAGGUGCCCGUCCUCCUGGCACUGGGGCUCUUCGUCUUCUUCUACGCCUACAACCUCACCCGGGACGUGCUGCAGCCCUAUGUGCGGGAGGGCAAGAGCAAGUUCUACAAGCUGCCCCUGUCCGUGGUCAACACGUCGCUGCCCUGCGUGGCCUACGUGCUGCUGUCGCUGGUCUACCUGCCCGGCGUCCUGGCGGCCGCCCUGCAGCUGUGGCGCGGCACCAAGUACCGCCGCUUCCCCGACUGGCUGGACCACUGGCUGCAGCACCGCAAGCAGAUCGGGCUGCUCAGCUUCUUCUGCGCCGCCCUGCACGCCCUCUACAGCGUGUGUCUGCCCGUGCGCGUCUCCUACCGCUACGACCUCGUCAACCUCGCCCUCAAGCAGGUCCUGACCAACAAGAGUCACCUCUGGGUUGAAGAGAAUGUCUGGCGGAUGGAGAUCUACCUCUCCCUGGGAGUGCUGGCCCUCGGCACGUUGUCCCUGCUGGCUGUCACCUCCCUGCCAUCCAUUGCAAACUCGCUCAACUGGAGGGAGUUCAGCUUCGUUCAGUCCUCUCUGGGUUUCGUGGCCCUGGUGCUGAGCACCCUGCACACGCUCACCUACGGCUGGACCCGCGCCUUCGAGGAAAGCCACUACAAGUUCUACCUGCCUCCCACCUUCACGCUCACCCUGCUGGUGCCCUGCCUCGUCAUCCUGGCCAAGGCCCUGUUCCUCCUGCCCUGCGUAAGCCGCAGACUCGCCAGGAUCCGGAGGGGCUGGGAGAAGGACAGCGCCGUCAAGUUCACGCUGCCCGUGGACCACGCCCUGGGCCAGAAGACCAGCCACUUGUGA